UUGGCCCUCCGUGAGACCGCUGGUCUCCUAAGACUCUCUUGAUCUGGGGGGUGGGGUGUGGGGAGGAUGCCCCAGGGCUGGAGGGUCCUGGGUCACUGAAAAGAGGAGAUUGACCUCUCCUCCUCCUCCCCCCAACCCAGAGAUUUCCUCAUCUGCCACGACACCUUCCGGUGGGUGGGGAUGUGUGUGGGCCAACUGGCAGACUAGGAACCAUGGAGUCUGAGGAAAUCUACAUGAAGCAGGUCAAGAUGCAGGCAGCAGCCUUCAAAGACAAGAAACAGAGGGCCCCAGCCAAUGAGGAAGGUGCAGGUAACCCUGACUAUGAGAAUAUCACCUUGACCUUCAGAAACCAGGAGAAGCUGAAGGGCAGCCAUUCAUCCCUCAAGAAUCAGGGCAAGCAGCCAUCUGCCAGCACACACUGCACAGCCUCGGGAGGGGCCCAUGUCCCGACCCUGUCUAGGCCACCCUCAGAAUCUGCCCAGGUCCCCUGUUGUCUGCACAGAGCCCUCACGAUUCUGUACACCCUCCUCGCCCUGUCCUGCAUCAUCCUCUUGGCCUUGGUCCUGGCAAAGAAUUCUGAGAUGUCCCAGGAGUUGCUGGUCUUGAAAAGGGAGCUCUGGAAUGUCUCCGACUCGGUGCGGGAGUGUCAGGAGGAGCAGAACCGGGGCUGGAGCUCCAUCCAGCAGCUCACCAGGGAGGCCAAGCAGGGCAUUCACACGGUCGAGAGAAGUGUCCAGUUCGAGGGAGAGAAAAUGAAGAUGUUAUUAACAGACAUGAGCCAAAUCAAGAACAAGUUACAGGAAAUCUCCAAGGCACUGGAGACGAAGCCAAGCUCAUAGACCUCAGCAAAUGAGAAGACAUCGAAGGCCCAGCUACCCCUCCCAGUGAAGCUGUCCACGUGUGUGAUCAUGGUGUGUUGUGAGCCUAAUGCAUGACACAGUGGGUGGCUGUGUCAGCAAGGACCCCAAAGGUGUGUCAGUGUGAGUGUGGGUGUGGGCGACACGGGUAGCACUGUGAACACGUGUGAGUACCCUGCAGUAUGUUGUGUAUACGUGUGUCAUGGCGGCGCUGUGUGUGGGGCACCCCGUGUAUCACUAUAAUUGUGGGUGUUGUAGUGUGUGCCCUGUGCCGAUGUGAGUGUGACUGAUUAUGCAAACGAGGGGCUUCGGAGCAUGUACCCAUGUAUGUUCCUUUGUUUCUGCACUCACGGUUCGUGAUUUGUGAAGAUAAAAGCCUAUGCAAAAGAA